CGGCGAGUAUCACGGACGAGUGGUAAUGCUUGGAGAGUUACUGGACCAUUGGACACCUCGCAAUAGUUGAGACCGGGACCGGGAUUGCGCUAUCAAGCGGCCAACUACGCUUGCAAGCUUGCGUUCUGGGCAAAAGCACAAUUGUACAACCGGCGAGAUGCAUUGAUAGGAAGAACGGUAUACGGGUACGGCGGUAUCACAGCGCCCAGCUGUAAGAGAGGACACAUGAGUUUUGCAAUGGCUUUUGAUCAGAACUAUGCCGGCAAUGGAGAUUGGCAGUUCCCAAGCCCCCAAGGAACACCGACUGCGGGUUCGUUCCACAAUGUACUGCAAACGCCGAAAACAGCUGCCUUUCACUCUCACUUUCAAGAUGCCUUUCGUACUCCGCAGAUGCCGGUCUAUUCAACCCCACAACAACCUCACUUCGAGUCUAUGGCCCAUAUGGGACCAUCACCGCAGGCAUAUGGAUGCCAUGAUGGAUUAGUGGUGAGCCCAGCGGUUGGAAAUCAGUACACUCCUGGCCAUCUUGCAUCCGGAACUCAUUUUGGCCAUGCCCAGGGAAUCCAGAAUGAUGCCAACCCAAUGACAGGGCCGCCUAGCUUCAGCUCGAUACAGAUGCAGACGCCUCCGCCAACAAGAGGCUUCUCUGCGAAGAAGGCUCAACAGCCCGAUCCGAUCGCUUUUGGUACACCAUCAACGAUAGCCUCUCGUCGCUUCAUGACGCCGCAGCUGCAGGCCAUGCCGCUUAAGGCUGGUGUAAGCCAACACACCCCGGUACACUUCCCGCAGUUGCAGUUCUCGCCGGAACUGUACCAGUUCAGGAACCUUGGCCCAGCCUCUGCGCCGGUGAUGCCACAGACGCAGUUGCUCUGGGAUCAGAUGGCACCAACGCCUGCAAUUGUAGCUCAUCAACGCCCUCUUGACGAUCCGUUUGCGCCUGCCAUGCAGCAAAGCCCGGCUUGGCCAGCCAGUUCACCGAACCCGGGCAUGGCACAAACGAUGAGUUUCGAUACACCUGCCAUGACGAGCUUCUCCGUGCAGCCACCGCAUCCAAGACCAGCGUCUGCGGCAUCCGUGCCUAGUAAUGCUGUAGCGAGCUACGCUACAACGCUCGGCGCCUCUUCAGCAAGUCUUGAUCCGUCUCUGAUAUACAGCUCGCCUAUCAGGUCAGCAUUUCCACAAGAUGGUCAAGCCGUAAGACCUCGCGCUGCUCAGUCUGCAACCAACAAACAUAGAGGUGCUACCAACGGCGCCAUGGUCUUCGAAUCCACUGCCACAGCCGCUGAAACGAUUACGCCGCAGACGGUUUCUGGUGGCAACCUUCGUUGGAAUAAUACUACUGGCAAUGUUCGUCCGCAAACAGCGCAGGCUGCGUUCAGUACUUCAGACGCUCUCUACAACCACCCUGUGCAAACUGCGUCGCCCCUGAAACGCUCUAGUCGGCUGCCGUUAGGUUCUAUAUCGGAACACAAGCCAAGGAAGCGUGCCUCUGUGAUCUUGACAGUUGACCAGCACGGCAUCGCACGAACUGAGAGAAACGAGCCAGAAGGCAGCCCUACCAAAUCGAUACGAGAGAAGUACCCUGGACUCUUCGACAGCGAUAGUAGUGAUAACGAGUCAGACACAAGUAGCCGAAUACCCGGCGCAGACGCAUCUAUGAGCAUCGCGGAGAGUAUGACACGCCGAUCUAAGGUCGCUCGUCUGGACCCGCCCGUAGAGAACUUGGUGGGCUUGAACAUACCUCGCUCAGGCUCUUCGGCCUCACUGAGAACCGUGACGCCCUCCAGAGCAGCCAUCGCCGCCGCGGCCUCGUUGCGGAAGCAGGGUAGCCUCAGGCGGCCUAGUCGGACUGCUGCGAGCAAGCGUAACUCCAUGGCCGUCCCAACCACUUUGAUGAUUGACUCCUGUCCGAUGGGUGAUGAGCUUCAACCGGACAUGGAGAUUGGCAUCGAAACCAAACGGAUUGGUGGUUCUAGUGCCCGUGCGCAUAGUAAGCGACGAGACGCAGAGCACACUGCGCUUGAUGCUCACAACCGCCGCUGGAGCAUGAUGUCGUUCGAACAUUUACAGCCGGCUUCGAUCCCGACAUCGAUGCGACAGCCGAGUUUCCAGAACGGUUCACGUUCCCACACGGCUCCUUUGAUUCGCUGUAUAUGCGGCGUUCCGCAGGACCAUGGGGUGCCGCUGGUGCAAUGCUGCUCUUGCACCCAGUGGCUGCAUUCUCCCUGUGUAUGUCUGGAUGGGCAGGACCCUCCACCUUUGUAUACUUGCUUUUUGUGCACCAAGCCGACGUCAGCGCUUCGGUGAACGGGCGACUUGAGUUCGUGGCAGACGACCGUCGUCCUUCUUGCAGCAUUUCUCCGCCGGCCAGGUGUGCGUGCUAACUAUUUGUUCUUCUACUUCUUGUGACAGCGUUUGAGCGAUUCAUACACGUUCCCGGUUUGCUCGGUAUACGAUGUGACACAAUUAGCCGGCUAGGGCUCCAUUUCCGGAUCACAACAAAGCCUU